AUGGCUGGCGUUCCCUCGCAAUCUCGAUUUGGGUGCUACAUCGGCAACAUUGACCGCUCCGUCACGAUCGACAUGUUGAAGCAGGUCUUCUGCCAAUGCGGCACCAUCGUCGACUGCUCACUGAACGGGCGCGAGGGCGAUCCUUACCGUUUUGGGUUCAUCGACUUCGUGACGGAGGACGACCGGUCACGGGCGCUGAAAUACAACGGCUUCACCUUAGUCGGGCGCAAGUUGAAGGUGGGGAUCAGCAAAGGCAACGUGAACAAGCCGGAGGGAUACGCGAAUGGCAACCCGGGCGGUGGCGGCGCGGGCCACAACUCCGACCGCUCACGUCAGCCGUACAGCAGCAGCGGUGGCAGCAAUAACUACCGCGGUGGCGGAGGCGGGGGUGAUGGAGGCGGUGCGGGUGGCAUGAACGCCGGUGGCCUGACGACGCAGCAGCAGAUUGAGGCUCGUCUGCUUCUCCAGUUUCUGCAGGAGGGCAAGAUGGACCCGCGUCAGCUCUCGCCGGCACAGCAGCAGCUCCUCAUUGCCUCUCUGGGCCAAGGCAGCGCCAACGGCAGCGGCAGCGGCACUCCAAUGGAUAGUAGCAACGGCGCUCCUAGCAUGAUGGGGCAGCAGCCUUCGAUGGGCAAUCCAAUGAUGCCGAUGAUGGGCGGCAUGAACGCGAUGAUGAUGACGUCGCCAAACAUGCACAUGGGUGGUGGCGGCGGCAACAACAGCCAGAUGAUGAUGGGGACGCUCGGGCAGGGCGGGUACGGCGGAUCCGGCAUGAUGCCGCCGCUGAACGCGCGCUCGCCGCAGCCGUGGGGCUACGGCAUGCAGCCCGGCGGCGGGGCGAUGUAUCCCUCCCCACCCAUGAUGGGUGGUGGUGGUCAGCAGACCCCUCCCCAGCAGCUGCCACCAUCGCAGCCGCAGCCGCAGACGAACUACGGCGCCAGCGGGGCCGGUGUGUUGAGUGGUGGGGCGGCGGGCCAGGGCUACGGCCUCGCCCCCGGUGCGGGCGGGUUGAUGGUGAACGCACCGCCCUCGGCGGAGACGCUGCGGCUACGCGAGAAGCAGCGGGAGCAGUUUUUUGAGGUGGUCCGCAAAGACACGGAGAAGUACGAGCGGAAGUUGCAGGAGAAGAAGGCGCAGGCAGCCGCUGGCGGUGGUGGGGAGCACAGUGACAGCUCCGCCUCUGACGACGACGAGAAGCCGGCGAAGAAGUCGAAGAAGGAGACGCCUUCUGGGAAGUAA